GUUGAAGCCCUACAUAAUUUCUUACACGCACGCCUACAUACUUGUACUGUACUGUAUUUGUACAAUACAAUCCAUCCAUGAUACAUACAUACGCCUUGCCUACCUUACACGUAGCAGCAGCAGCAGCAGCAGCAGCAGCAGCAGCAACAACAACAUUGAACAACAAGCAAGCAGGUGACAUUCUUUACUUUACAUUUCAUUUUUUACAUUCUUGAAAUUCCUAGGAUCAACCAUUCAUUCAUUCAUCCAUUCAUUCAUUCAUACUUACAUAACUAGUUACCCUCUAACCAUCCACGUUCCCUCGAUCCUACCUAGUACACUGUACCCACUAUUCAGGACAAUAGUCGACCAAUAGGAGCCGCAGCGGACUCAACUGUGGUCAACUGUGGCUAGCGGGCUAGACUUACUUACAGUGAAGCCUUCUUUUCCAAGUCCUCACGUUCGUCGUCUCUCUCUCUUGAACCUUUUUUUCCCCCUUCUCAAAUCUCACCAUCUCUUCCUUCUACUCACUUUACUUACUUGCCUGUCCCCUUCAUCUUAUAGAUCAGGGUGGUGCACUACGGUGUAUUCCACCCUUCUUCCACUCCCAACUUCAACAAAUCCUACUUAUAAAUCCUACUUUUGCGCUUCCCUCAAUCGCAUUUCCGAUUCAAGAGUUAUUUACGAACAAAUUCCCUUUCUUGUUCUUCGUCUUCCUACACUCCUCUUCCACUUGAACACCUGAUCCCAACUCCCAUCCCGACCUUACUUGUUCACCAUGUCUUCUGAUUAUUCCGACGACGAUAUGCCUCUAGCUCGCACCAACGGUCAGCUCUCAGCCUCAACUGUUCGCAAGACCGAAGACGAUGCUAUGGAUGGCCGAAAAGUCAAGCCCAAGCCUAACCCCGUCUCUAUUCGAAAUGGACCGGUCGAUACCGACGCGUCUCCCCAAGCGAAUGGCAAUGGAAAGCGCAAGUCGCGAUCCUCCACCAACCACAUAAACUAUAAGGACGGAUCCGAGUCUGAAGAUGGUCGAUUGGCGAAGCGCCACAAGAAGGUCGUCGCUGAUGAUUCAGACGACGAAGUUCUUAGCAAGAGGAAGGGCAAGCUUCCCCCUGCCGCCAAUGAAACUUCCAUAGCCGACGAUUCCGAUGAUGAUCAGCCUCUAAACGCCAAGCUCGCGUCCAAGAAGAAGGCUAUCGAGAAGAAUGCCGAGAAAGAAGCAAAGGCUAUUCGUGCGAGCGAGUCUAAAUCCAAGAAGCCUACCCCGAAGAAGCCCGUUAAGGAUGAGUCUGAUGAUGAUAUACCCUUGGCCGGUGCGAAGGGCAGGAAGCGGCCAUCCAACGGUGUCAACGGAAAAAGCAAGACGAAUGGAGUUAAAAAGGAAGAUUCUGAUUCCGACUUGCCCAUUCGUAAAAAGGUGAAGACCUCUGCUAGCACCUCCACUAGCAAGUCUAAAGCCAAGGCUGAAAAGCCUACACCCGCCAAGAAAGCUCCCGCUAAAAAGGCCAAAAAGGAGGUAAGCGAGGAGCCAGGUGAUGGUGAAGAUGAUGAAGAAGCCGAGUACCGAUGGUGGGACGCGCCCAAGAAAGAAGACGACAGUAUCAAGUGGACUACCCUCGAACAUAACGGCGUACUCUUCCCUCCAGAGUACGAACCUCUUCCCAAGAAUGUGCGGCUUGUCUACGAUGGCACUCCGGUCAAUCUUCAUGUUGAGGCGGAAGAGAUUGCUACCUUCUUUGGCUCCAUGCUCAACUCAACUCAUAACGUUGAAAAUCCGACCUUCCAGAAAAACUUCUUCCAUGACUUCAAGGAGGUGAUUGAUCGAACUGGUGGUGCCACGGAUCGACAAGGAAAUAAGGUGCCCAUCAAAGACUUCGCUAAACUGGACUUCAAGGCGAUUUUUGAGUACUAUCAUGCCAAGAACGAAGCGAAGAAGGCUCGCCCAGCAGCCGAGAAGAAGGCCGAAAAAGCCGAGAGGGAUAAAGCCGAAGCUCCCUACAUGUUCUGCAAAUGGGAUGGUCGCAAAGAGAAAGUCGGCAACUUCCGAGUCGAACCUCCUGGACUAUUUCGUGGCCGUGGUGAGCAUCCCAAGACUGGGAAAGUCAAGAAGCGGGUUAUGCCUGAGCAGAUUACCAUCAACAUUGGAAAAGAUGCGAUAGUUCCACCUCCUCCCAAGGGCCACAAAUGGAAGGCCAUCCAGCAUGACAACAAGGCCACAUGGCUAGCAAUGUGGCAGGAGAAUAUCAACGGCUCCUACAAAUAUGUCAUGCUUGGUGCUACCAGUGCCGUCAAAGGUCAGAGCGAUUUCAAGAAGUUCGAAAAGGCACGAGAGCUCAAGAAGCACAUCGCAAGGAUCCGCAAAGACUACACCAAAGACCUCAAGGCAGAAUCUAUGGCUGAUCGUCAACGAGCCACCGCUGUAUACCUGAUCGACAAGUUUGCGUUGCGAGCUGGCAACGAGAAGGAUGCAGAGAAUGAAGCCGAGACCGUAGGCUGCUGUUCGCUCAAAUAUGAGCACGUUACCCUCCGAGAACCCAACACGGUCAUCUUCGACUUUUUAGGUAAAGACAGUAUCAGAUUCUACGAUGAAGUCACAGUUGAUCGACAAGUAUUUAAGAACCUCCGCGUUUUCAAGAAGCCCCCAAAGAGAUCAGGUGACGAUAUCUUUGACCGUCUGACCACCACUCAACUGAAUAAGCACCUUUCUUCGUACAUGCAGGGACUGACUGCAAAGGUCUUCCGUACCUAUAACGCGUCCUACACCAUGUCUAACUUGCUUAGAGAUUUGAAGGUUUCGAAUGCCACGAUGGCAGAAAAGAUCAAGCUGUACAACGAUUGCAACCGUGAAGUUGCUAUUCUCUGCAACCACAAACGUACCGUCGGUGCAAGUCACGAGGCGCAGAUGGAGAAGCUUGUUGAUCGCAUCAAGGGUCUUAAGUACCAGAAGUGGCGAAAUAAGCAGAUGCUUCUUGACAUCGACCCCAAGCAGAAGAAGAGAAAAGGAGCCAGUUUCUUUGAGCUGGAUCCGGAACUUGACGAAGCCUGGAUCUUAGAACACCAGCUCUUCCUUGUGGAAGAGCAGCGCGUGAAGAUCCAGAAAAAGUUCGAGAAAGAUAACCAAAAGCGUCAGGAAGAUGGAGAGAAGCCCAUGCCAGACAAGGAGCUUAAAGAGCGACUUCAGGUUGCGGACGAACUUGCGAAAAAGUUCAAGAAAGAGAACAAGUCCAAGAAGAUCGAGGCCGAAGGAAGAGGCCCGACCGUGGAAAAGAUCGAAGGGAACAUACAGAAGAUCGAAGAACGCAUCAGAACCAUGGAACUCCAGGCCGCGGACCGUGAUGGUAACAAGGAGGUUGCCCUAGGUACCUCUAAGAUUAACUACAUCGACCCCCGUCUCACCGUGGUCUUCGCCAAGAAAUUUGAUGUUCCCAUUGAGAAGUUCUUCUCCAAGACUCUACGUGAGAAGUUCAACUGGGCCAUCAAGUCCGUAGAGGAUAAUGACCACUGGGAGUUUUAAGUGCGAGAAUCGACAAGAACGAUUGUCGUCAUCUCCGUGUACCACUUGUAAUAUCAUAUAACAACACAGUCUGCGAAUUGGGUGUUAGCACCAAAUAAAUAGCCGCUGUCAGUAAACAGACAGACAGCAUUGGAGAGGAGGUGAUACGGGUUAGCUAGCAGGGAGUGAGGGUGGCACUAAGAGGAGGGGGGUUUUUCAAGAGAAGAACGUGAAGGGACAACAUGACCAGCCACGAUCGAUGAGCAUGAUCUCAUGGACUCGGGUUUUCAGCAUUGGCGCGGUGCAUUGCGGGCGGGCGCGGUGUGAGUGGCAAAAGGUCGGUGACAUUUUAGAGCUUGUCACUUGUCUAGGUAGCCAUUCUAGACCAGCACAAAUACGAAGUAUUCACCAAAAUAUAAAUUCAAACA